AUGGGGUGCUGGGUGGUACAGACGCCCAGCCCCAACUUUUACCUUCUUCUCAUUGCUAAACAGAGGCAUGACGAGGAGGCACUGAUUGACCAGGGGAGAAGGAGCAACGGUGCCAAGAUUCACUAUGAGAAGGAGGAGUUGGAAGGCCACCGGACCCUGUACGCCGGCGUGCAGAUGCCGCUGGUGGGGCAAUGCCACCGGCAUCACCGACCCCACAAGCAGAAGCAUCGGGAACAGGAGGAGGACUGUGCCCCGACGGAGCGGGGCUACCACUGCACCCCGUCCCAGCGGGUGCAGUUCAUCCUCAGGACCAAGGAGGACGAGCAGCAUGUCCCUCACGCCUUGUUCACCGAGCUGGAUGAGAUCUGCGUGAAAGAGGGCGAAGAUGCCGAGUGGAAGGAAACGGCAAGGUGGCUGAAGUUUGAGGAGGACGUGGAAGACGGCGGCGAGCGCUGGAGCAAGCCCUAUGUGGCCACGCUGUCCUUGCACAGCCUCUUUGAGCUGAGGAGCUGCAUCAUCAAUGGCACGGUGCUGCUGGACAUUAGUGCCAACAGCAUCGAAGAGAUCGCAGAUCUGAUCCUGGGCCAGCAAGAACAGCUCACGGAGUUUGACGAGCGCACGCGGGCAAAAAUUGGAGAAGUUCUUUUGAAGAAGCACCACCAUCAGAACGAGAAGAAAAGAAACAGCCUGCUCCGCUCGUUUGCUGAUGUGAGCAAGAAGGGGUCGGACCUGCACCUCCUCGACAAGCCAGCUCAAACACUUACCCCUCAUCCUUCUCCCACCACUGUGGAAGCUAAAAAUGGGGUGAACCAUGAGACCAGCACAACGGAUUUAAGCAAGGCGGAGCUGCACUUCAUGAAGAAAAUUCCCAGCGGGGCUGAAGCGUCCAACGUGCUCGUAGGAGAGCUGGAUUUCCUUCGCCAGCCCAUCGUGGCAUUUGUCCGCCUGACCCCGGCUGUCCUCCUCUCGGGCAUGACGGAAGUUCCCAUCCCAACAAGGUUCCUGUUUGUUUUGCUUGGACCAGAAGGAAAAGCCCAUCAGUACCAUGAGAUCGGCAGGUCCAUGGCUACUAUCAUGACGGAUGAGGUUUUCCAUGACGUCGCCUAUAAAGCCAAGAACCGGGCUGACCUCGUGGCCGGCAUCGAUGAGUUUCUGGAUCAGGUCACGGUCUUGCCGCCUGGAGAGUGGGAUCCAUCGAUCCGAAUCGAGCCCCCAAAAAACGUCCCUUCGCAGGAAAAAAGGAAGAUGCCAGGAGCUCUCGAUGACAGUGCUUCUGACAGUGAGCCAGAGAAGCACAGCGGUCCUGAACUGGAGCGGACGGGAAGGCUCUUUGGAGGUUUGAUCCUGGAUGUGAAGCGAAAAGCCCCGUGGUUCUGGAGCGACUUUCGGGAUGGUCUGAGGCUGCAGUGUCUGGCGUCCUUCCUCUUCCUCUACUGUGCCUGCAUGUCCCCUGUCAUCACCUUUGGGGGACUGCUGGGGGAGGCGACCGAUGGCCACAUAAGUGCCAUGGAGUCGCUGCUGGGUGCCUCCAUGACCGGCGUGGUGUUUUCCCUCUUUGCUGGCCAACCUCUCACCAUCCUCGGCAGCACCGGACCCGUGCUCGUCUUUGAGAAGAUCCUCUACAAAUUCUGCAAGGAGUACACGCUCUCCUAUCUCUCUCUGCGGGCAUGCAUCGGGCUGUGGACCGCCUUCUUCUGCAUCGUGCUGGUGGCCACCGACGCCAGCUCUUUGGUGUGCUACAUCACCCGCUUCACUGAAGAAGCCUUCGCCUCCCUCAUCUGCCUCAUCUUCAUCUACGAGGCUCUAGAGAAGCUGAGUCACCUGCGGGAGACCUACCCUGUGCACAUGCACAGCCAGCUCGACUUCCUCACCAUCGACUACUGUAAGUGUGAGGCACCGACGCAUCCCAGCAAUGAAACCCUGCGUUUCUGGGAGAGCAACAAGAUCAACGUGUCUGGCAUCGCCUGGGAAAACCUCACGGUGACCGAAUGUCGGUAUUUGCAUGGAGAGUUUCAAGGACCUGCCUGUGGACCCAAUGGCCCCUACACGCCUGACGUCCUCUUCUGGUGCUGCAUCCUCUUCUUCUCCACCUUUGUGCUGUCGAGCUUACUGAAGAAGUUUAAGACCAGCCGAUACUUCCCAACCAGAGUACGGUCCACAGUAAGCGACUUUGCUGUUUUCCUCACCAUCGUCGUCAUGGUGCUCAUGGACUUCAUGAUUGGGAUCCCAUCACCGAAGCUCCACGUCCCCCAUAUGUUCAAGCCUACCAGAGACGACCGCGGGUGGUUCAUCAGCCCCGUAGGACCCAACCCUUGGUGGACGGUGUUGGCUGCGCUCAUCCCAGCUCUGCUCUGCACCAUCUUGAUCUUCAUGGACCAGCAGAUCACUGCUGUUAUUGUGAACAGGAAGGAGCACAGGCUGAAGAAAGGAUGUGGGUACCACCUGGACCUUUUCAUGGUGGCCGUGAUGCUCGGGGUGUGCUCCGUGAUGGGGCUGCCCUGGUUUGUGGCUGCCACCGUCCUGUCCAUCACCCACGUGAAUAGCCUCAAAGUCGAGUCUGAGUGCGCAGCUCCAGGAGAACAACCCAAGUUUCUGGGGAUACGAGAGCAGAGAGUCACUGGCUCCAUGAUCUUUGUGCUCAUGGGCUGCUCUGUCUUCUUCACUUCUGUGUUAAAGUUUAUACCAAUGCCUGUGCUUUACGGCGUCUUUCUCUACAUGGGCGUGUCGUCGCUCGGAGAAAUUCAGUUCUUCGAUCGCUUGAAGCUGUUUUGGAUGCCGGCGAAACACCAGCCGGAUUUCAUCUACCUGCGGCACGUCCCCUUGCGAAAGGUGCACUUCUUCACCGUGAUCCAGCUGAUCUGCCUCGUCCUGCUCUGGGCCAUCAAGGUGUCCCGUGCCGCCAUCGUCUUUCCCAUGAUGGUCUUGGCUCUUGUAUUUGUCCGGAAAGCCAUGGAUUUCUGCUUCUCAAAGCGAGAGCUCAGCUUCCUGGAUGACCUUAUGCCAGAGAGCAAGAAGAAGAAGUUGGACGGUGCCAAAAACGAAGCCAAUGAAGAAGAGAGGCAUGACGAGGAGGCACUGAUUGACCAGGGGAGAAGGAGCAACAGUGCCAAGAUUCACUAUGAGAAGGAGGAGUUGGAAGGCCACCGGACCCUGUACGCCGGCGUGCAGAUGCCGCUGGUGGGGCAAUGCCACCGGCAUCACCGACCCCACAAGCAGAAGCAUCGGGAACAGGAGGAGGACUGUGCCCCGACGGAGCGGGGCUACCACUGCACCCCGUCCCAGCGGGUGCAGUUCAUCCUCAGGACCAAGGAGGACGAGCAGCAUGUCCCUCACGCCUUGUUCACCGAGCUGGAUGAGAUCUGCGUGAAAGAGGGCGAAGAUGCCGAGUGGAAGGAAACGGCAAGGUGGCUGAAGUUUGAGGAGGACGUGGAAGACGGCGGCGAGCGCUGGAGCAAGCCCUAUGUGGCCACGCUGUCCUUGCACAGCCUCUUUGAGCUGAGGAGCUGCAUCAUCAAUGGCACGGUGCUGCUGGACAUUAGUGCCAACAGCAUCGAAGAGAUCGCAGAUCUGAUCCUGGGCCAGCAAGAACAGCUCACGGAGUUUGACGAGCGCACGCGGGCAAAAAUUGGAGAAGUUCUUUUGAAGAAGCACCACCAUCAGAACGAGAAGAAAAGAAACAACCUUCUCCGCUCGUUUGCUGAUGUGAGCAAGAAGGGGUCGGACCUGCACCUCCUCGACAAGCCAGCUCAAACACUUACCCCUCAUCCUUCUCCCACCACUGUGGAAGCUAAAAAUGGGGUGAACCAUGAGACCAGCACAACGGAUUUAAGCAAGGCGGAGCUGCACUUCAUGAAGAAAAUUCCCAGCGGGGCUGAAGCGUCCAACGUGCUCGUAGGAGAGCUGGAUUUCCUUCGCCAGCCCAUCAUGGCAUUUGUCCGCCUGACCCCGGCUGUCCUCCUCUCGGGCAUGACGGAAGUUCCCAUCCCAACAAGGUUCCUGUUUGUUUUGCUUGGACCAGAAGGAAAAGCCCAUCAGUACCAUGAGAUCGGCAGGUCCAUGGCUACUAUCAUGACGGAUGAGGUUUUCCAUGACGUCGCCUAUAAAGCCAAGAACCGGGCUGACCUCGUGGCCGGCAUCGAUGAGUUUCUGGAUCAGGUCACGGUCUUGCCGCCUGGAGAGUGGGAUCCAUCGAUCCGAAUCGAGCCCCCGAAAAACGUCCCUUCGCAGGAAAAAAGGAAGAUGCCAGGAGCUCUUGAUGACAGUGCUUCUCACACCAAGCCGGAGAAGCACAGCGGUCCUGAACUGGAGCGGACGGGAAGGCUCUUUGGAGGUUUGAUCCUGGAUGUGAAGCGAAAAGCCCCGUGGUUCUGGAGCGACUUUCGGGAUGGUCUGAGGCUGCAGUGUCUGGCGUCCUUCCUCUUCCUCUACUGUGCCUGCAUGUCCCCUGUCAUCACCUUCGGGGGACUGCUGGGGGAGGCGACCGAUGGCCACAUAAGUGCCAUGGAGUCGCUGCUGGGCGCCUCCAUGACCGGCGUGGUGUUUUCCCUCUUUGCUGGCCAACCUCUCACCAUCCUCGGCAGCACCGGACCCGUGCUCGUCUUUGAGAAGAUCCUCUACAAAUUCUGCAAGGAGUACACGCUCUCCUAUCUCUCUCUGCGGGCAUGCAUCGGGCUGUGGACCGCCUUCUUCUGCAUCGUGCUGGUGGCCACCGACGCCAGCUCUUUGGUGUGCUACAUCACCCGCUUCACCGAAGAAGCCUUCGCCUCCCUCAUCUGCCUCAUCUUCAUCUACGAGGCUCUAGAGAAGCUGAGUCACCUGCGGGAGACCUACCCUGUGCACAUGCACAGCCAGCUCGACUUCCUCACCAUCGACUACUGUAAGUGUGAGGCACCGACGCAUCCCAGCAAUGAAACCCUGCGUUUCUGGGAGAGCAACAAGAUCAACGUGUCUGGCAUCGCCUGGGAAAACCUCACGGUGACCGAAUGUCGGUAUUUGCAUGGAGAGUUUCAAGGACCUGCCUGUGGACCCAAUGGCCCCUACACGCCUGACGUCCUCUUCUGGUGCUGCAUCCUCUUCUUCUCCACCUUUGUGCUGUCGAGCUUACUGAAGAAGUUUAAGACCAGCCGAUACUUCCCAACCAGAGUACGGUCCACAGUAAGCGACUUUGCUGUUUUCCUCACCAUCGUCGUCAUGGUGCUCAUGGACUUCAUGAUUGGGAUCCCAUCACCGAAGCUCCACGUCCCCCAUAUGUUCAAGCCUACCAGAGACGACCGCGGGUGGUUCAUCAGCCCCGUAGGACCCAACCCUUGGUGGACGGUGUUGGCUGCGCUCAUCCCAGCUCUGCUCUGCACCAUCUUGAUCUUCAUGGACCAGCAGAUCACUGCUGUUAUUGUGAACAGGAAGGAGCACAGGCUGAAGAAAGGAUGUGGGUACCACCUGGACCUUUUCAUGGUGGCCGUGAUGCUCGGGGUGUGCUCCGUGAUGGGGCUGCCCUGGUUUGUGGCUGCCACCGUCCUGUCCAUCACCCACGUGAAUAGCCUCAAAGUCGAGUCUGAGUGCGCAGCUCCAGGAGAACAACCCAAGUUUCUGGGGAUACGAGAGCAGAGAGUCACUGGCUCCAUGAUCUUUGUGCUCAUGGGCUGCUCUGUCUUCUUCACUUCUGUGUUAAAGUUUAUACCAAUGCCUGUGCUUUACGGCGUCUUUCUCUACAUGGGCGUGUCGUCGCUCGGAGAAAUUCAGUUCUUCGAUCGCUUGAAGCUGUUUUGGAUGCCGGCGAAACACCAGCCGGAUUUCAUCUACCUGCGGCACGUCCCCUUGCGAAAGGUGCACUUCUUCACCGUGAUCCAGCUGAUCUGCCUCGUCCUGCUCUGGGCCAUCAAGGUGUCCCGUGCCGCCAUCGUCUUUCCCAUGAUGGUCUUGGCUCUUGUAUUUGUCCGGAAAGCCAUGGAUUUCUGCUUCUCAAAGCGAGAGCUCAGCUUCCUGGAUGACCUUAUGCCAGAGAGCAAGAAGAAGAAGUUGGACGGUGCCAAAAACGAAGCCAAUGAAGAAGAGGAGUCCCCGAAAAUGAUGGAAGCUGCUGCUGCUGCCGGUUCAGUUCUGCUGAAACUGGGCAAGACCAGCAACUUGGAUAUCCCAAAGCAAAGCAGGGACAGGACUGAUCCUUGCGAGAUUAAUAUCUCGGAGGAAGUGUUGAAAACGAGCGUGUGGAAGGCUCUCACUAUGAACACAGAAACAGUCUGA